CUUUGAUCAAAUCAUCGAAUAAGUCCACAUUGUUAUGAGUCAAUAUCACUAGCUCACAAGAAGCCUUACUCUACGUCUCCCGCCACCCAUAACAGUACACAUCCUUGAUCAUACUCAACAUGUCUCCCGCAAAAUCCAUAACUAUUAUCACUUCUCCCUAUCACCUUGGUAUCCGAGAUGUUGCCGUCGGUGCUGGACCAACAGCGCUCAUCAAUGCCGGCUUCGUCGAGGCAAUUCGCAACCUCGGCGUGACUGUCAACGUAUUUGAGCUCGAGCCUGUUGAUGACUUUGACGGCGAUAUCAGUCGCCUCUUUGAGCUCUUGCGUCGAACUUCCGACGCUGUGGCAGAUGUGGCUCGCGCGGGUGAUUUUCCUGUCAUCUUGGCUGGUAACUGUUCAACCACUGUUGGUGUCCAAGCCGGUAUAACAGCUGCGCUUGGGAAAAUACCUUCUUGUGUCUGGUUCGACGCUCACGACGACUUCAACACGCCUGAUGUUCUUAAGAGUGGGUAUCUUGACUCAAUGCCUGUUGCCAUGAUGGCAGGUCUGUGCUGGAAAACUCUCUUGGCUAGUAUUCCUGGUUUUGAAGCCUUGGAUCUCAAGCAUAACCUUAUACACUGCGGUAUGCGAGAUGUGACAGAUCUUGAGCGCUCACGGGUCGAGGAGGCUGGAUUUCCUGUCGUUUGGGGAGAUAUAGAGCAUCAUGUUGAUUUCGAGGGAGAACUAGGCAAGGUCCUUGAUGAGAAGAAGUUUAGUCAAACUAUGGUGCAUUUGGAUCUUGACGUUCUUGAUAUUUCGGUCGGUAGUGUCAACAAGUUCUCUGCGCACGGUGGAUUGUUGGGAGAUGAUCUGGAGAAAUGCUUCAAGAUGAUUCCGUCAAAGACGAAGCCAGUAUCGUUGACGAUUGCAUCAUUUGACCCUUCUUAUGAUGUACAGGGAACUAUUGAACCUGUUGCUAUCAAGGGGGCCGUUGCUUUCGUCCAGGGCUUGAUUUCACAGGGAUUUCUUCAAGGAUUUUCGACUUAAGUAGUAGAGAUAGGCCUGUGACGAUUAAAAUUUGUUUCAUACCACAGUACAAUAGUA